AUGAGUCGGCAGCUGAACUUCAGGUCUUGCGGCGACAGGAGCAGCUUCAGCAUGCACUCGGCCAUAGCGCCGAGGAGGGCUGCAGGCGUGACCUCCUACUGCAACCCUGGCAAAGGGGCAGGGGCUGGUUUUGGCAGUUGGAGCCUCUACAGCCCCAGGGGGAAUCGACAGGCAUCCUUCUAUAGGGCUGGUGGCAGUGGGAGGGCAGGUGGCUACAACUUUGGGUCUGGCUCUGGACAUGGAGGGAACCGGCCCAGUGGCUUUGCAGGCAGCAUGUUUGGCAGCGUGGCCCUGGGGUCCACAUGUCUGCCGGUGUGCCCACCAGGGGGCAUCCAUCAGGUCACCAUCAACAGGAGCCUCCUGGCCCCUCUGCAUGUGGAACUGGACCCUGAAAUCCAGAAAGUGCGUAGCCAGGAGCGGGAGCAGAUCAAGGCUCUGAACAACAAGUUCGCCUCCUUCAUCGACAAGGUGCGCUUCCUGGAGCAGCAGAACCAGGUGCUGGAGACCAAGUGGGAGCUGCUGCAGCAGCUGGACCUCAAAAACUGCAGAAACAACCUGGAGCCCAUCUUUGAGGGCUACAUCAGCAGCCUGCGAAGGCAGCUGGAGACACUGUCCGGGGACCGUGUGAGGCUGGACUCGGAGCUGCGGAGCAUGCGUGAUGUGGUGGAGGACUACAAGAAGAGGUAUGAGGCUGAGAUUAACCUGCGCACAGCAGCAGAGAGUGAGUUUGUGACGCUCAAGAAGGAUGCAGACGCAGCGUACAAGGUCAAGGUGGAGCUUGAGGCCAAAGUGGACUCCCUGGACAAAGACAUCAAGUUCCUUAAGUGUCUCUAUGAGGCGGAAACUGCCCAGAUCCAGACCCAUGCCAGCGAGACCUCUGUCAUCCUGUCCAUGGAUAACAACCGCUCGCUGGACCUGGACAGCAUUAUCGCCGAAGUCCGCACCCACUAUGAGGACAUUGCCCUGAAGAGCAAAGCCGAAGCCGAGGCGCUGUACCAGACCAAGAUCCAGGAGCUGCAGCUGGCAGCUGGCCGGCACGGUGACGACCUCCAACACACCAGGAGUGAGAUCUCAGAGGUGACCCGGCUCAUCCAGAGGUUGCACUGUGAGAUCGCCAGCGUGAAGAAGCAGUGUGGCAACCUGGAGACAGCUGUGGCUGACGCUGAGCAACGAGGGGACAGUGCCCUAAAGGAUGCCCGGGCCAAGCUGGACGAGCUGGAGUCUGCCCUGCACCAGGCCAAGGAAGAGCUGGCCCGGAUGAUGCGCGACUACCAGGAGCUCAUGAGCGUGAAGCUGGCCCUGGACAUGGAGAUCGCCACCUACCGCAAGCUGCUGGAGGGCGAGGAGUGCAGGAUGUCUGGUGAGAACCCAUCUCCCGUGAGCAUCUCCGUCAUCAGCAGCAGCAACUACAGCUAUGGCUACCACCCCAGCUCCCUGGGGUCUGAACUCGGGACCAGCAGUGUGGCAGGCAGCUCUGGCAGCACCCAAAGCAGGCCGGUCAAGGCUACAGGCGCAAGAGUGAGAGACGCCAAGGACCUCCAGGGCAAGAAUGCCCUUGGCAGCACACCAUCAGGCAGGAAGGCCACCCGAUAA